ACCCAUCGGGUUCCUGCUGCAUCCUCACUGCACUCAGCUUCCUCUUGAUCACCAGUCAGUGCAAUGGGUAGCAGGCACUUGUGCUGCCUGUCGACCCUGCUCCUCCUCCUGGGGCUGGCGUCCGGCCAGGUCCUGUUCCAGGGGUUCAACUGGGAGUCGUGGAAGCAGAGCGGCGGGUGGUACAACCUCCUGAUGGGGAAGGUCGACGACAUCGCCGCCGCCGGCGUCACGCACGUCUGGCUCCCGCCGCCGUCGCACUCCGUCUCCACCCAAGGUUACAUGCCUGGUCGGCUGUACGACCUGGACGCGUCCAAGUACGGGACGGCGGCGGAGCUCAAGUCUCUGAUCGCCGCGUUCCACGCCAAGGGCGUGCAGGCGGUGGCGGACAUCGUCAUCAACCACCGGUGCGCCGACUACAAGGACUCCCGCGGCAUCUACUGCAUCUUCGAGGGCGGAACGUCCGACAGCCGCCUCGACUGGGGCCCCCACAUGAUCUGCCGCGACGACACCCAGUACUCGGACGGCACGGCCAACCUCGACACCGGCGCCGACUUCGCCGCCGCCCCGGACAUCGACCACCUCAACGACCGCGUCCAGCGCGAGCUCACCGAGUGGCUGCUCUGGCUCAAGUCCGACAUCGGCUUCGACGCCUGGCGCCUCGACUUCGCCAGGGGCUACUCCGCCGAGGUCGCCAAGGUCUACGUCGACGGCACGGCCCCGAGCUUCGCCGUCGCCGAGAUAUGGAACAACAUGGUGCCCGGCGAUGACGGGAAGCCUGCGUACGACCAGGACCCGCACCGGCAGACGCUGGUGGACUGGGUGGACAACGUGGGCGGGGCGGCGUCGCCGGCCACCGUGUUCGACUUCACCACCAAGGGGAUCCUGAACGCCGCCGUGGAGGGCGAGCUGUGGCGGCUCGUCGACGCGCAGGGGAAGGCGCCCGGCGUCAUCGGAUGGUGGCCGGCCAAGGCCGUCACUUUCGUCGACAACCACGACACCGGCUCCACGCAGGCCAUGUGGCCGUUCCCCUCCGACAAGGUCAUGCAGGGCUACGCCUACAUCCUCACGCACCCAGGCAAUCCGUGCAUCUUCUACGACCAUUUCUUCGAUUGGGGUUUCAAGGACGAGAUCGCAGCACUGGUAGCGGUGCGGAAGCGCAACGGCAUCACGCCGACGAGCAAGCUGACGAUCCUCGAGCACGACGGUGAUGCUUACGUGGCGGAGAUCGACGGCAAGGUGAUCAUGAAGAUUGGGUCUAGGUUGGACGUCGGGCACCUCAUCCCGGCAGGGUUUGAGGUAGCAGCCCACGGCAACGACUACGCCGUCUGGGAGAAUGGCGCGGCGUAGAAUCGAACAGAGCAUAAUUUGCUCCUAGUAUGAUUUGUUUCUCUGCUAGAUGCAGAGACAAGUAUACACGAUUGGGGUACCACCAUUUAUACCUGUAUACACAGGAUCGAUGAGCUAUACGAAUUAUACACAGAAUGAUAAAAUAAAGUGAUUUUUCAUCUCUCUGUAUUCAGGGGAGGAUAAAGAGACAAUUAA